GCAUCUGACAUGAAAAUAAUGGCAAGCGAAAAACAUCCAACCCCAAGCAUCCUCAGCCUCGCCUGGCUCUUCGGAAAAACCGCAAUCACCACCCUAUCACAGCUCCUAACCUACCCAUUCCUAACCCAGCGCGCCGCGUCUCUAAAAAAACACCUCCUAAACACCGCAAUAAGAACCCUCCUCCACACCAUCACAAUCCCACAACUCCACCGCCUAAACAACACCACAACAUCAACCCGCUACACCUCCUUCUGCACCUCUCAAAACCUCCCUCCACACACCCUAUCCAUCAAACCCAGUACCCCAGAAACCCCACAAACAACUGCACACUGGAUCGGCGACCCCAACGCUUCCAUCGUAAUAUUGUAUUUCCACGGCGGAGGGUACACGCAACCCGCAACAUCAGGAACAUUCCUCUAUCUCCACCACCUAAUUGCAACCCUCCAACUCCGCACUUCAACUCCAGAAACCCAAACCACCGUAGCAGCACUAGUAUUAGCGUACGACCUCGCGCCAGAGUCUCCGUACCCAACUCAACUCAAACAAGCAGCUUCUACGCUCUCGUAUCUCUUGCACCCUACACACCGACGACCAUCUACUAUCUUCCUAUCCGGCGACUCCGCGGGCGGGAAUCUAGCGUUGGCACUGCUAUCCCAUAUCCUCCAUCCGCAUCCUGCGGUUCCCGCGGUGGAGGUCGUGGAGCCGUUGGCGGGGGUGGUGUUGUAUAGUCCCAUGGCUACGUUUAGUAGGGAGUGGGAUAGUGUGCGGAGGAACGAAAGCGUUGAUAUGAUUCCCGCGAGUCGGAUUCGUUGGUGGGGUGGUGUUCUGCAUGGGCUGUACGAUCCUUCUUUAUCUGGGGAUGGAGAUGGGACGGAGGCGUUUUUCAGGGGCGAUGCGUAUACGGAGCCGUGUUUGAAUAGUGCGGGUUGGUGGGUGGGGUUGGAUAGGGUUGUUGGAGGGGUGUUGGUGAUGUGUGGUGCUGAUGAGGUGUAUUUGGAUCCUAUUGUGGAGACUGUGCGGAGUGUGAGGGCUGGGUGGGUUGAGGGUGGGGAGGAGGAGGGAGUGGUGGUGGUUGAGACGAUGGGGGAGGCGCAUAUUGGGCCGAUUGUGGAGUUUAUGAUGGGUGGUGGGAAACCGGGGGGUUGUGGGUCGCAGAGGGUGGUUGAGGAGUGGUAUUUGGAGAGGUUGGGGGUGGGAUGUUUCUGAUGGGGAUGAGAGUGUGAUGGACUUUGUGGUGAUGUUUUGGUCUGCUCAAGUCUUUGGAAGAAAGAAGCGAUUCUGAAUUGAACGACUUAUGUCUAUUAUGGUAUUGAAAGUCGAGAUAACAUGAGCAGUGAAUCACAACUUACUGCAAAUUCGAAGACGCCAUGAGACUACAGCAAAGUUCUGGAACAUCUAAUUGAAGCAUAUUGCAUCCACUGAUCCCCACACAGUGGCCUGAAGCCCGCUGAAUCCGCUUAUUUCGGUCAUAGUAGGAUUAACCAACGCAUUCUGCGCGUUUGGAGAAUCCGCCGUGGGAAUGAGAUACAGAUGAUAGUCGGUUAAGUAACGAGAGAUUCGGU